AACACAACACUGCGUGGUUUGGCAGAUUGACAAGGGACCAGCCAUGCCAUUGCUCUGAGAGUUUGACAAACAUCAAAAAAAAGAUAGAGAAAUCAAUCUUCAGCAUUGCAAAGAAAACGGAAGCCUUCUCGAUGGAGAACGAUGAUCGCCGCGGCGGCGGUGACCGGCCGGCCGGGGAAACAAGAAGCAGGCGCGAUGGUUGUGGCACCGGAGCCGGAGGCCAUCGCCGUGAGGAUCGACAUGGCCAUGCUUCACUGCCCCAUCUGCUUUCUCCCCUUGAAGCCUCCAAUCUUCCAGGUUCCUUGCUUGUUGCUGCAAUGUCUGAUGCUUCAUCCAUUUCUUGUUUCAUGGUUGCAUUCAUAUGAAUCGUUUCUUUCUUUGUCCAUCGAUUUAUGCAGUGCGAUGCUGGGCACAUGGCUUGCAGCAACUGCCGCGGCAAGGUCGCCGGCGGCCGGUGCCACUCGUGCGAAGGCGUCGGCGUCGGCGUCGUCUACGCCCGCUCUCGCGCCAUGGAGGCCUUCGUCUCGUCGACCAAGAUCCAGUGCCCCUACCAGGCGCACGGCUGCCGGAGCUACGUCACCUACUACGCCGUCGACGACCACCAGCGCGCGUGCCCGCACGCGCCGUGCUCAUGCCCGGAGCCCGGCUGCGGCUUCGCCGGCUCUCCUGGAACACCUCGCCGCGGCGCAUUCCUGCCACGUGGACAAGGUCGAGUACGGCAAGGCCCUGUGUCUCCGCGUGCCGGCGUCUGAGCGGCGGCGGCGCCUGCUCGUCGGGGAGGAGGACAAGCGCGUGUUCCUCCUCGCCAUGGCCGCGGUCGGCGCGGCCAGCGCGGUGACGUUGGUGCGCGUCGCGGCGAGCGCGGAGACGGCGGCGCGGUACAGGUGCAAGAUGUGGGCGAACGCGCCGGCGGCGGCGGCGGCGGCGGUGGCGGGCGCGGCGAGCGGCAAGGCGGACAUGGUCAUGGUGGACAUGGAGGUGGCGAGCAGCGGCGUGGCGCCCGGCGGCGUCGCCGUGGAGGAGGCGACGUUCUUGGCCGUGCCACCCAAGAUGCUGCACGGGGAGCACAAGGAGAUCAUUCUUGGCAUUUGCAUUGACAAGAAGACCUCCUGAGUCCGGAUCAACCUGACACUUGGCCAUUAGCAGUAGCAAACUAGCAAUAAUGCCAAAUUUUAGUUUAGUACUAAUG